UCCGUGGGGCACCGGGCGGAAGCGUCCUGACUGCGCAGGCGCAGCAGGGGUGGUCGCCAUGGAGACGCGUGGCCCUGGCCUGGCGGUCCGCGCUGAGAGUCGCCGACUAGUCGGCAGCGGGCCUCGGGCGCCCCCGGGGCGGGUUGGGUUGCAGCCCAGCGGGCGGAUGGACCGCCGCGGUGGGGCGGGGACAGUGGGGUACAAGGACAACGACGGCGUGGAGGAGGAGCGGGAGGGCGGCGCCGCGGGCCCCUGGGGGUCUAGACUGCCCCCCAUCACAGGCGGCGCCUCCGAGCUGGCCAAACGGAAGGUGAAGAAGAAGAAAAAAAGGAAGAAGAAGACCAAGGGGUCUGGCAAGGGGGACGAUAAACAUCAGAGUCAGAGCCUGAAGAGCCAGCCGCUUUCUUCCUCCUUUCAUGACAUCUUAAGUCCGUGCAAAGACCGUGGCCCGAAACCAGAGCACAGACAGAGCAAAGUGGAAAAUAAGCACCUCCCUUCUGACUCCUCCACCGUCAGCCUCCCCGACUUUGCCGAAAUAGAGAACCUUGCGAAUCGGAUCAACGAAAGUCUGCGUUGGGAUGGAAUUCUUGCUGACCCGGAGGCAGAGAAGGAAAGGAUUCGCAUCUAUAAAGUGAACCGGAGAAAGCGGUACCGGUGCUUGGCCCUCAACGGCUUCCACCCCGACCCCGAGGCCCUCAAGGGCUUCCACCCCGACCCCGAGGCCCUCAAGGGCUUCCACCCCGACCCCGAGGCCCUCAAGGGCUUCCACUCCGACCCCGAGGCCCUCAAGGGCUUCCACCCCGACCCCGAGGCCCUCAAGGGCUUCCACCCCGACCCCGAGGCCCUCAAGGGCUUCCACCCCGACCCUGAGGCCCUCAAGGGUUUCCACACUGACCCCGAGGCCCUCAAGGGCUUCCACCCCGAGGCCCUCAAGGGCUUCCACCCCGACCCCAAGGCCCUCAAGGGCUUCCACCCCGACCCCAAGGCCCUCAAGGGUUUCCACACUGACCCCGAGGCCCUCAAGGGCUUCCACACUGACCCCGAGGCCCUCAAGGGUUUCCACCCCGACCCUGAAGCCCUCAAGGGCUUCCACCCCGACCCUGAGGCCCUCAAGGGCUUCCACCCCGACCCCAAUGCCGAGGAGGCCCCUGAGAACUUACCCUACCUCUCGGACAAAGAUGGCAGCUCCAGCCACAGGCACCCCACAUCGAAAGCCAAGUGCCCCAAUCUCUAUUUUGAAGGAAACCUUACCCCAAAGCUUCUACACUCUGACUUAGCUCCUACUCUGCUGGAGUGAAAAUCUACCCGCGACACUCACAAACUUAUAAUUCCUCCUCACCACAAGUUUAUGUGUUAAAAACCAUCAUCAUAAAAGGAAAUGAGACCCGUAUCUGAAGGAAACAGAUGUUCGGUACACGGACGACGCCGACUCUCCCAUCACCAAGCUGCCCUCGGUUGCCCAGGAGAGCCACAGUGCCUUGAGAACAUAAGCAGUUUAGUGAACAGAGUUCUUUUCAAAAUUUCCUUUUUCUUAAAUAAGCAUCUCUGUUACUUAAUUUCUCACCACAGCUAGAUGUCUAUAAUCUGCCCCAAAAAGAAAAGAAAGUGUGUAGAUGAUUUA